CUCUUCCCCCGCAGUGUCUGUGCGUUGGAGCCGGAGACCGCGGCGGCCUCUGCUAGGACCCUCCGCCCGGAGCCGCCGGCCGGAGCCGCAGCCGCAGCCGCAGCGCCCCUGCCGCUGUCCCCUCCCCGCCCCUGCCGCCUCCACUGGAGCCGCCUCGCGCACUCUGGGGUAUGGCCGUCAAUGUGUACUCCACAUCCGUGACCAGUGAAAAUCUGAGUCGCCAUGACAUGCUUGCGUGGGUCAACGACUCCCUGCACCUCAACUACACCAAGAUUGAGCAGCUGUGUUCAGGGGCAGCCUACUGCCAGUUCAUGGACAUGCUCUUCCCCGGCUGUGUGCACUUGAGGAAGGUGAAGUUCCAGGCCAAGCUAGAGCAUGAGUACAUCCACAACUUCAAGGUGCUGCAAGCAGCGUUCAAGAAGAUGGGUGUUGACAAAAUCAUUCCCGUAGAGAAAUUAGUGAAAGGAAAAUUCCAAGAUAAUUUUGAGUUUAUUCAGUGGUUUAAGAAAUUCUUUGACGCAAACUAUGAUGGAAAGGAUUACAACCCGCUGCUGGCGCGGCAGGGCCAGGAUGCAGCGCCACCUCCUAACCCAGGUGAUCAGAUCUUCAACAAAUCCAAGAAACUCAUUGGCACAGCAGUUCCACAGAGGACAUCUCCCACAGGCCCCAAAAACAUGCAGACUUCUGGGCGACUGAGCAACGUAGCCCCACCCUGCAUCCUCCGGAAGAACCCCCCAGCGGCCCGCAAUGGCGGCCAUGAGACCGACGCCCAAAUUCUGGAACUCAACCAACAGCUCUUGGACUUGAAGCUCACGGUAGAUGGGUUGGAGAAGGAGCGUGACUUCUACUUCAGCAAGCUCCGUGACAUUGAGCUUAUCUGCCAGGAACAUGAGAGCGAAAACAGCCCCGUGAUCUCGGGCAUCAUUGGCAUUCUCUACGCCACAGAGGAAGGAUUUGCACCCCCUGAGGAUGACGAAAUUGAGGAACACCAACAAGAAGACCAGGACGAGUACUGAGAGCGGCCGAAGCCCUGGCUGACCGCACGGCCUCCGUACUGCCCCUCCCCACAUCCCUCCCAACAUUAUAAUCCUUUCCGUACAGCCAA